CUAGUAACCUCUGCGUAGGCAAUCAUGUGCAAUCGACUGUGUCACUUUUACAAAAAUGUCCUGUAUUUGCCAGUUCUAUACGCCCGGCGAGGAAGUUCCCGGAGACCUUGCGACAGAUCCUCUGCCUACAACUGAUGAUAUUCCAUCAGUCCCAAGCCCCGCAAAGAAGGUUGAUAAAGACUUGUUAGAGACAAAGGCUUCCGAAACUGGAGUGUCGGCCUCCGAUCUGGCCGACUGCCGUGCAGAAAAUUGGCUCCUAAAGAAGAAGUUACUGGAGUACGAGGUUACCAUUGAGAAUCUGGAGCAGCUAGUGACAACUAUAGUUGAAAAGCAGCAUCAAAUCUUGAGCGAAAUGUUUUACUUGCGAAAGGAGAAUCGAGAACUGCAGUCCGAGUGCCAUCUUCAACGCGAGUAUCACUCAAUGGAGAGGAAUGCCCUGAUGAGGGAGUUGCAUGACGCCCGAAGCUCGAGUCGAAGCCGAAGUUUUCUCUUGGGAUGUGGAUCUAAUGGAAGUAAAGGAUCCUCUAAUACCGACUGUGAAGAGGAAGAUAUCAGUGAAUUGGACGAUCAUUGCGAAAACGGUUGCGACAGCAAUGAAGAUCAGGGCUUGGAUGCCGAUGAAAAUUGUGAAUCGCCUUCAGCACCAAGUUCGGGUGAAAAUUCCUGUAGGACUUCCCCGUCUUCAUCAGACUCAGAGUCUAGUGACACGGAUGACAACACAUCACGUGAUUACAAAAGCAAUGAGGAUACCCCCAUCAGUAAUGGUGACACUGACUGACCGUACAAAAAGCAACCACUGCUUUAAGCAUUUAAAUUUAUAUUUUUCUGAAGAAAUACAUUUAAGACUUUAAAAAUGAAUCCCUCUUGGGAAGGCUUCCUGACAUUACUUUAACUUUCCAUUUAUCGCAUUAAGUAAUCAAAACAAGAACGUGACAAUCGCACAAAACAAAUCAACAAUACGUUUACCAUGACGUGACGGUAGCAGUCUGUCAAACAGACAAAAACAAACGCAUCAAAUGAGAAAAAUGGAGAAAACCUGUGCAAAGUAUUUGCAUAUCAAAACGCUAAAGGGCUGUGCAAAAACCAUAGCCGAAGUAUUCUCCAGGCUUGUGCCACACAAAUAUGAUUGAAUGGUUGGUAAAUAUAUAGUCCACCGAAAGAGGGAGUAUUUAAAUUACUGACAAAAACGUGUUAAGUGUUUAUCUAUCGAAAAAGUUCGAGGCAAAAAAUAGGAAGCCUUUCAUAGCUUCUGGCUUUACUCUGUACGGUUGUGUGGGUCUUGGCCCAACAGAAAUUGGUAAGAGAAGAGGGAAUGUGUGCUUGUAUGCUGGGCCAUUUAUCAAGCUGGAAAGUUUUUAUCACAAAUGAGUCGUGGCAAGGCAGUCGAAGGUCCCGGCCACCCGUUUGCCACCAGGAUUAAUGAGUCUCGUGUGCUUCUGCUGCUGCCUGUCCUAUUCUACAUCCUUGAAACCCGCCUCACAACACGUACCAAUAAUCCAUCAUCAGCCCUCUUCAAGUGGCAACUUGUGGAAGCUUUUGGAUUGCUUCCCAGAUCGGUUAUCUCCUCUGUGUUCCUUGUGAGGUUAUUGGACACCAUAUAUGGGUGUUGAUAACAACAGAAGUUAUGCCAUGUCAUAAAUGCAACUCUUCAGAUGCUUGAUUCAAGGAAGCAGUCGAUCUGCUCACACAGAUAAAGGAGCAAAUAACAAUACAAUGUGAGGCAACCGUUGCAGGUCAUUGCUGGCCAGCAAUGUAGCUGCUGUCCCAAAGAAAUUAUUAAUGACCAACCGGCUCUACUAUAUGCAUAUCGAGUCAAGAGCUGUUGGCAAUAUCAUUUAUCACUCGAGAAUUUUGUUCAGAAACUUGUUGCGCACAAAAAAGAUUUUCGUGUACACGUGAGAAGGGAUCCUUUGGACCGACAAGCUACUGAGGACUACCGCGGCACAAAUGGCUUGGAUAAGAGAUGUGAAACCGAACAAGGCAUGAAAGAAAAGCGCGUAUCUACGGCAGAAAUAUAUUAAUAUGCGAUGCCGACUGGGCAACCUAAACGCUAUGCAAAUCGCAUCAUAAAAGGUGAGGCGGUAUCAAACUGGUGUUGCUGGGUUAUCCCUAGCACUGACUAUUUAGCAGCAGCACCAGGCGCUGCAUCAGCAUCUCCGAAAGGAGCAACAAGUAGCUAACAAUUGCAUGUGACUGAGCAUUGAGAAUGGUGGGCAAGAGAUUAAUGGACUUGUGUUUCAGGCUACAUUGAAUUCUACUGGAGGUCUUGUGAAAAGCAGACAUAUGACACCAAAGUGUUGCUAAGUGGUUGCUUGCUCGCCUUUGUGAAUGACUAAUAUGUCUUAUGCGUGAAUGGUACGACCAUGCCGUUUAGGUCGUAAUUUUAUGUUAUAAGAACAACUCCUGCUAUCCCCUAACAUUAAACGAUAAAAACCGUAUUUUCUGGAUCAACGCCUACCUAUUUACUCAACCGUGUAAAUACACAAAACAUUCGCAGAAAACUGCAAAAAUAAAUUCGCGUGUUCUAAGCAAUUUCAAACCAAUAAUCGUUGGGUGUCUUUUAAAUUAAGUAACCAGAGCCAUGCAAGCCAAAUAUUAAGCCAUAUUGACAUGCCGCCAGUACAACAAUGAUGUGUGU